AUGAAACCAGAGAAGUCUUCCUUAUCGAUGGGGAAAGUGAAUGGUGGCAACAGGGUCAGUCGCGAGGAAGAAGAGCUAAAAUUUGGAUGGGGACCCCUGAUUCCAAGGUGUCUGCAAAAGAUAAAUACUAUCCGAUGGUUUGUGGUCUGGCUUUGCCUUUUUGGGUUUGUUGAGGGCGCCGCCGUGAAUGGGAUUGUCAAUAUUGUGCUUACAACAUUGGAGACGAGGUUCAGUCUACCAAGUUCACAGUCAGGACUUAUAGUCAGCGCAACAGAUAUAGGCGCCAUUUUGUUUGUGUUGUUUGUAAGCUAUGCCGGUAGCAAAGGCCAUAGACCAAAGUGGAUUGCCGUUGGUUGUGCCAUCAUGGGCGUUGGAUCAGUGAUAUUUUCUCUAUCACAUUUCAUAGCUGAUCAGUAUGAUUACAGAGCUGUAGGAGAGACGGCUAAUAUCAGCUACGUGUGUGACCCCGCACGUGCGAACACCUGUUUACAGGAUUCAUCAUCAUCAUCUUACCUGUAUUUAUUUAUGCUGGGGCAGGCUAUACACGGAAUAGGUUUCACGCCUAUGUUUACACUGGGGACGGCAUAUGUGGAUGACAACGCAAAAUCCGAGUCUACGGCCGUGCAUCUAGGUAUUAUAUACGCGAUCACAGCUCUCGGUGUAGGUGGAGGGUAUAUCGGUGGUGGACAAUUCCUCACACUGUAUGUUGACUUCAACACCGUAGACAAUGUUGACUUGACCCCCGUAGAUCCGCGGUGGGUUGGAGCUUGGUGGGUUGGGUUUAUUAUCACCGCCGUAUUUUUCUUCAUCUUUACGGUGCCCCUAGCAGGUUAUCCGAAAAAUCUUCCAGGAACAAGUGAAAUACGAGCAGCCAGAGAGACAGACACAGACCAGAAAGCAAAAGAAGAUAAAAGAACAAUUACAGAGAAACUGAUUGAAUUUCCUAAAUCCAUCGUCAGAUUGGUCAGUAUACCAACAUAUACGCUGGUAAUCCUCGGCGCAUGCGCGGAAACCUUGGUUAUUGGUGGUCUCGCUGCUUUUGCUCCUAAAAUUCUAGAAGAAAAGUUUGAUAUACUGCCAUCAGACUCCGGUUUCAUUAUGGGGGCAGUAACUCUACUAGGUGGUGCAGGUGGUAUGGUUCUCGGAGGUGUACUGAUAAAGCGGUUCAAGUUCGGAGUGGUCGGUAUGGUUCGUCUGUGUGUUCUUAUGUCACUGCUGGCCAUUGUUAUUGGUGCGGGGUUCUUCAUUGGAUGUCCAGAGAUAGAGUUUGCUGGCGUCACGACAAGCUAUGGCACAAACAAAGUCAUAGUGUCACCAAAUCUUGAUGCCACAUGUAACACUGGCUGUGAAUGUGAUUCUCAGAAGUUUGAGCCUGUUUGCGGCAGUGACAGUAUACUAUAUUUUACUCCUUGUCAUGCCGGAUGUACCUAUGAUUACGUCAUUGACCCGAAACAUCUUACCAAGAUUUAUAACAACUGCACGUGCGUGUCGGAAAGUAUACAACAGUUAAGUACUUCCGGAUUGACUGGAACAGCACUUACUGGCAAAUGCUCUUCAUCUUGUGACGUCAUAUACCUUUUCGUUUUGCUUCUUUUCAUCGCUAUGCUGAUGACGUUCACAACCGUGACACCAGCGUCCAUGGCGAUAUUGCGAUGCGUACCAGAUGAUUUAAGAGCACUUGGUCUUGGGCUUCAAUGGGUGUGUCUAAGACUUUUGGGAACUAUACCUGGGCCUGUCUUAACUGGAAGUGUUAUAGACAGCGCAUGCGCAUUGUGGCAGGACAUAUGUGGCAGCAGAGGCUCGUGUUGGUUCUAUGAUAGGUUUGAAAUGAGCUGGCGUCUUUUUGCUUGGUGGGUGGCUGUGAAAAUAUUCAGUGCAGUUACAUUCUUUGCGUCCAGCAAACUGCACAAACCUCUCAAAGAGGACACUGACAGCAAAACAACUGACUAUGAUGCUGACAAUGACAUCGACCUCACGGAAAACAAGGAUACAAUGGCGUGCGAAAAUGUUAUACAUGGAUUGGCGCAUAUGUAA